GCACGAGUACUCAUUAUAUUUUUGGCCAAAUUGGUUAAGUGGCUCGAGUGCCGGCAUUCAGUUUCUCCAACAUUUGCUGACAAUGCACACACAGCUAUAACUCGAGCUUAAGAAAUUCCAAAAACACAUGUUGCACUUCACCAUGAACAACAGAUUGCUGAGAUUAUUAAGCUGCCUGCUUUUGGUUAGCAGCUGCUGUUGCCAGUACGAAGACGAUGAAUAUCAGCGCACUUUCAAUUCGGAAGCCACAACUCUUUCACCAUCUCCGAUUGCUGAACCACAACCUGCUGCCAAUCGCGAUAUCACAAUUGGACCCUGCAAGUGGGCCAUUGGACGCAGUUGCCCCGAUCCGGAUAUUAAAUACUAUAUCUAUACGCGACACAAUCUGAUGGAUCGUCAGAGUCUGCAGAUCGAUGAAACUAUGGAAAAAUCCAAUCUUACCAGCUCGUUUUUCAAUCCACGACAUCCCACCAAAAUAUUGAUUCAUGGCUACAACUCGGAUAUGUUUCUCAAUCCACUGCAACGCAUGCGAGAUGAAUAUUUGGCCAAAGGUGACUACAACAUCUUCUACGUGGACUGGAGCGUGCUCUCGCCAGGACCUUGCUACAUUAGUGCCGUGCACAACACACGCCAGGCAGGAACAUGUGCGGCCCAGCUUGUGGAGCGACUGGUGGAGACGGGAAACACGGAUAUACAUAUCAUUGGCUUCUCGCUGGGUGCACAAGUGCCCAACUUUCUUGCACGCACGCUGAAAUCCUUUAAGCUGCCACGCAUUACAGGCUUGGACCCGGCGAUGCCGCUCUUCAUUACAGCCGGAGCCAAUGACAAACUGGAUCCGAGUGAUGCGGACUUUGUGGACGUGAUUCACACUAAUGCGAUGGUGCAGGGCAAACUGGAGCGAUGUGGACAUGCGGAUUUCUAUAUGAAUGGAGGCAUCUCACAGCCAGGCUGCACCGGCUGGAUGAAUUCAUUUGCUUGCAGCCAUCAGCGCGCCACGGCUUAUUAUCUGGAGUCGAUACGCUCACCCAAGGGCUUCUGGGGCUGGUCAUGCAGUGGCUAUAUCUCAUAUCUGCUCGGCAUGUGUCCGGCCACAAAUUAUCUGUUGGAGGCGGGCGACAACACGCGUCCCAGCACACGGGGCAUGUUCCUCAUCGACACCAACGACACCUCACCCUAUGCCUUGGGCAAGUGGACAGAUUUGCCCACGUUGGGCGUGAAGCGUCCUCACAUGCCACCGCAUUCGUUGCGGCUGCCACAGCAGAACGUUGAUCCACUGCUGCAGCACAUCGAUCAGUUUGGGAAACUCUCUGGCAACUUUAACAAUCUGCCCGACGAUCCCAGCCAUCCGCAGAAUCUUUACGAACACUGGACCAGCUAUAGUCCGCCCAUUCAGAAGGAGAAGGAGAACUUCAACUCGGUUGAGGAGCAGGAUUCAUCGUCAGAGUUCGAGGACCUCGAUAAUCGUAAUUUGCAGUCGCCAGUCAAUUGGUGGAAUUAUCGCCGCAAUCUUACACACGGCUAUAUAGAUAAUCAUAUUUUUGGCAUGCCGAAGGUGCAUUAAUCCCAUUCCACUACAGACGCUAAUCCUCCUUGCCCUUCCCCCAUGUACAUACAUAUGCAUAAUUCCAGUUUGCUCACUAACGUCAAUUGGAAAUAUUUAGCAAUAGGAAUAAGCACUGCACAUCUUUGUAAACCCAGUGAUCACAUAAAUAAAUGGAAAGUUCUUUAGAAACAAUACUGGUUGCUCCACAAGCCAUAAAAAUUUGUCAAAAAACGAGAUGUCAUAAAUAAAAUAUCAUUACAUAAAAUGAUUAAGCGCUUUGCUGACAUCACUAGAGAGAGAGCUGUAAAUCAAGUUUUUCCAGCAACAUAAAUAUCGCCGAGCUUUCUUCUUCAAAAUUCUGCUACACAAUUAAUUACUUAAAUUCUUUUUAAUAUGCAUAAACUUAUUGUAUUUUUCAUUAAAACAAAAUUCGCAAAU